AACGAGCAAACGGGGAUCCCACCUGUCAGACGCGCCGGCACACCGCUGUCCAAAACAGCUGGAGCAUCACUAUCAGUGACCGCAGCAGUACGCAGCGACGUGUAUCACAUACACGCGCAUGGACAUUGGAGCAUGGACAUUGGAGCAUGACAAGUGAUCGGCGUCCGCUUCCGAAACGGCAAGGCGCGCCUCACCGGCUAUCGUGGACUGCCUCAUUCGUAGCUUCAUUAACAUGCUGCUGUUCACAGGUCUGGCUUGUUACGGCACAUGCCAGCAUUUGCUGUCUCGGUAUAUCGUAUACAGACACCAGAGUCGACGUAGGUAUCUCGGCAAGACCUCGGUUCCGCCAUCCAGGGUGGCUGCAGUCAAUGCCUCAGGCGGAUAAAUUGCGCUGGAGAUACUCUAUCGACAUCGCCAUGACACAUGUGCAUGUGCCCGGGAACCGAAAACGAGCUUCUGCUACGAGACGAGCCCUCAUAACGACGCGAAACGCACAUCGGGACGUGAUCGACUGACAAAACUCCAAACCACCCUUCGUCCAUAUCAACGCAAAUAUAGGUAUCAUGCAGACAUCCGCCAUCCAUAUCAACACAGCUCGAGCUGCAGAACCGGCACCCCUUAAAAGUACACAUCGAUCAGGUGUUUCCUCCCGUCCGAAUCUCACCUAGAAGCGUCGUUCCGGCGGC